GUACGUUUCAGUUCUGUAUCGUUAAACAUUAGAUACCGAGUAAGACGGUAAACUUGUGACUCGAUCGAUAAAAAUUAUCAAAUAGUUGAAAGUUCGUUUACCACAUGGCAUCUAUCCAUUGUAGAUCUCUGUUCUAUUAUUAAGAACAAGAUAUACCUCGUGUACCACUAAAGGUGACUAUAGUAUAAAUAUUCCGAUCGUGAUUAUAGCGUAACGAUAUUCCACUAAUAGUAGUGCAACUCGUGGUGAUGCGUCGUUCUAUAAAAUUCGUUCGUGAAAGUUUUCGGCGCUCGAAGACCGGCCACCAGUUCAUCUGAAUGUGACCACUUUCCACGACUAAUAUCACGGUAGCGAUUGUGUAAUUAUUGGUGUUCAAGACGUCGAUUGAGGACAGUGUUUAUUUCACAAAAAUUCGCGCAUCGGUGAAAUGUAUAUCGAGGCUUCACAGCCGUUGCCGAAGUAGCGCGUAAAACGGAUAGUCGAGAGUUCAAAAGUGAACGGCGAGUGAGACAAUUUGUGUACGAACAUUUUCUUCCGUCUUGGAAGGAGCAGAAGUGUAAUUGUAAUGCAGUUGAUUGUGGGAUGCCGUAAUUGCAUGGGAUAUCGGUGUAAUCACAACCGAAUUGUGGCUUCGCACGUGACAGAUAGUACAACGUUUAUUCUUCGAGUUUUGCCAUCUGCCCCUGUUUCCUGGUCUCUCUCCUAAAUGCAUAACGAUUCUUCGCCAAACGAUUGCAAAUAGGGAAAAAGUGGAACAUUCUACUUUCACGUUCGACGAAGGUUCGAUUCGUGAUUAACGUUCGAAGUGAUAAUAGCUGAGACAAAGAAGUGUAUACAUAAACGCAGGAAAGUUCUUGAAGUUCGAAACGUGAAUCUGGGAUACAGAAAACGAGAAAAAAGAUGCUUCGGUUGCCGGUGAUCGUUGUUUUGACGGUUUCGAUAUUCGCUGGCAGAGUGUGUCCAGCACAACAGAAAGAAGAACAUGAAAAAAACAAAGUGGAUGCAGUGGGAAGCCUGCAGAACACGACUAAUAUUUUAAGUAAUAGUAGUAGCGAAGCAGUCGAUCCUUCGAUAAAGGCGAGGGAACAUAAUAUAAAGGAUGAAGAAAACGAAAUCAAAAUCUCCACGACGUUGAAAAGUCCAACAAAGGUGAAUGCAACUCCAUCGCCGGUGAGCGUGCAAGAAAUAGCUGAAAAUGAGAAGCAAAAUUGUACCUCUACGAAGGAACCGAUCGACAUGCUUAAAUGUCACGUGACGCCAUCCGACGACGAUGAAAUAAUAGAGCAAAAUUCAUCAUCAAACACAACAGAAUCUACUACGGUAGCUACGACUUUUACGAGCAAUAAGACAGAAGUGAUCCCGGAAUCUCAGGUCCCGGAAACUACUAAUAAGGACAAAGAAAAUGCCGGGAAGAAGGAUAUGGAAACUGUUGUGAAUAACGCAGUGUCCACGGAUCAAGUGACUUACGACGUUGUACCCACAGAGGAAGAUAAUUCUUUGCAUACUAAUAAUUCAAAUGCUUCAAGUACGGAUUCAAAGCAUACUAAUUCCAGCGACGUAUUGAUUGGCCCUGCACCACCAUUGCUAGUAAAUAAGGCUAACGCAAAUACAGAGUCUGAAAGUAUAGUUGAGGCGAUAAAAUCUCCCGAUCAAGUUAAUAAAAAGCGCAUGCCUUCAGGGAUUAUAGCGCUAGUUACUGCGAUAAGUUUUGCCGUAGCAGUUGCGUUGGUAUAUGUUGGAAUGAUUAUGUGGAGACGAUAUAUGGAGUACAGAUACGGACAUCGAGAAUUACUUGUUAACGAGCUAGAGUUUGAUACUAAUGAUUUGCGGCAUUUUGAGCUGUGAUUCCAAACAACAACAACAACAAUAACUUGCUGAGAAAAGUGAAUGAUUCACAGCUGAGGCUGAUACUAUGUAACUAUUAAAGAUUCAUUGAUCUGUGAUACUAAGGACAUGCGUUGCGUCUGACAGUCAAGACACCAAAUAUAUUUGGAUAAUAUUAUACAUUUCUUAUAAUGUAAUUGUUUUAUAUACAAUAUGUAUAC